GGCCGCGUUCGUUUACAAAAUCCGCAAAGCAACAAAGUUUACAUUCAUAGAUUUCAUGCCGUCGUUACAAAUGGUCUCUGGUCUACCUGGUUGCAUUCAGGUGCCCCAGCGUGCAUGCUGCUCGUUCACGUUGUGCAUGGGGCAGUGUAGAAUGCCUAUUCACCGGUAAUGACUGUGUGUCGUAACAACCGCGCGACAGAUGGAUUUCGACUACGACGACGGGGACGAACUGCCUGACGAGGAGUACUAUUUCGACGAUGAUGAAAUUGUCAGUGCCCCCAAUGUCUCGCUGAGCGAUCUCUACAACGAUUGCCUAGUGCCCAGCCUGCGUGAUGGACUUCGCGCGGCAGUUAUUUUACUGCCCGCGUGCCUGCUGCUUAGGACAAUCGUCAGCACCAGACUUCUACAAGUUGGCAGCGUGUGGGUGCACGCACUGUCCGCUCUUCUUGGGGUAUGCUGCCUGUACGGUCUGGUCGGGCAUCUGGUGGCUUACGUGGUUGGCCUGGCACUACUGGGAACGGCCGCGCUGACUUUGCUGCCCCGGCACCGUGGCCUAUCGUCUGCCUCUCUGGUGGCCGUCUUUGUCAUUGCCUGUGAGCUGUGGCUUGUCGAGCCCAAAUCCUGGCACCAGGUUCGAGGUUGUCAGCUGGUUCUGUGCAUGAAGCUAGUGUCCCUGGCCAUCGACAUGGACCGUGGUCGGCUUGCAACACCCAGCCCCUCUGCCAUGUUUGGCUACCUGCUGCAUGUGGGUUCAGCCCCGUUUGGGCCUUGGAUUGGGUACGACGCGUACGCCAGGAGCCUCGAGCCUGAACUCUUAGCUGGUCUCGGAUUCUGGUCGUGGCUCCGUGCCCUGGGUCAGAGCCUGGUGUUGUGCUACACCUGUUUGACUGUGUCAAACUGCUGGUCCACGUGGCUCCUCUCCAACACUCUAGGGUGCAGGUGGCUGGCAGCAUAUCGGGAUGCACUGUCAUUCCGCUUCAGCCACUACUUCAUCACGUUCCUGUCGGAGGCCAGCGCAGUCGCGUCGGGUGUCAGCAACGAGGGGUCCUGGGCGUUGCAGCUGUGUUCCCCUCUGGAAGUGGAACUUCCCCGGUCACUGGUGCAAGUGGUGGUUCACUGGAACCGUGCCAUGCACCAUUGGCUUAAGCACUACGUAUUUCAGGUCACCCGGCCACAUUUGGGGAACCUCGGAUCCCUGCUGCUGACGUAUGCAACUAGUGCCUUGCUUCACGGCCUCAACUUCCAAUUGGCUGCAGUGUUGCUGUCACUGGCACUUUACAGCUACGCCGAGUAUGUACUCAGGCAGAAGCUGAGCCAGGUGUACGACGCAUGCAUUGGAGCCCGCCCCUGCCGUCCCGACUGCGACAAGCACAAACUGCAGGCUAACCACUGGGGUGUGAGGAGUGCCAACCUCGCCCUGGGUCUGUUAGCGGCAUUUCACCUGGCCUACUUGGGACUCAUGUUCGACAGUGAACCCCAACAAGAGCAGGGCUACAGCAUGCAGCACACCCUGGGCAAAUGGUCAGAGUUGCAGUUUGCCAGUCACUGGGUGGCUCUGGCCACUUUUGUUGUCCAUAUCCUCAUCUGAUCAGCACCAUCAGGCCACAACUGCAUCACGAAUGAUGUGCCAUACCAUCAACACGACCUCAAUGAACAGGCCGGUGUCUCCUGCUCUCGGUUUGCAAAUGAAUGCGCAUGAUGUUCAGUGCAAAUGUACAGCAAUAAAUGGAAUAUGUGUUCAAUCAA